AGGUCACAGAGCUCCGAGAUGUCCCUGGGGAAGGGAGCCAGACACUUUGACAAUGAAUUUUGACCAGAAGGCUGUGAAAUUCAUGGCAAAUUUUUACAUCAAUGGAGGCAAACACUGGACCCACGGCCCGCUGAAGCAGAAGACACUUGUGCCAUACCAGCCCAAGGCCUGUGUCUUGUUGCUGGGCCCCCAGCCAGGGGCCACCUGGGAGGAGAUGCGGCCCCCAGGACUGCAGGAGUUUCAGCCUGGCCUCAGGAUCCAAACGGCGCCCCCCCCGGGGCUCCCCGCUGUCUGCACCCAGAACCUGAGGGAGCUGCUGGAGCGACGCCCACCCGUCGUCACCGACCUGCAAACCCCGGGCCCCACCACGUACCAAGUGCCGGCUGCUUCCCUACGCGAGUCCUCCCCACACCCCCACUUCAGCAUCGGCCGCAAGCACCCCACCCGCGAGGGCGGAGGCCGCAGGGCGUGGCAGACGGUGUGGUUCCAAAACGAAAGCCCCUUCGUACAGAAGGCCGACUUCCAGCAAGAGCAAAAGUGGCCGUCGCCCGCGGACUAUCGGCCCCUCGACCAGUCUGCCUGCCCGGCCUUCAGCUUUGGGGGCCGCCGCCCCGCCUCUAAGACUGCUGAGGCGCGUUCCCGCCCGGGGCUGAUUUGGGCCGGCCUUGCGGGUUACCGUGCCCAGUCCCGGCUCCAGGCCCCUCCUCAGGCGCCGGGGGGCGAGAAGGGCCCCAGCCCCAACACCUACGACAUCUCUCCCGGGUGCCGGCUGCAGAACCCCCGCCCGCCCGCCUUCUCCAUGAGCCGCUCACGGGCGUUCGCCUCCUGGGUCAGCUCCUCCCACACCCCCGGCCCGGCUGCCUACUACGUGGAGGAUUGCUAUAACUCACGCUUCCCCUCGGCGCCUGGGGUGGUCAUCCAAGGCGUGAGAAGGCCCAAGCGCCACGACACGGGACCCUUCUGCACGCUGUAGCGCCCGCUGGGCCCAAACUGGCCACCGGGUGACCCGUGGACCCCUGGUCUCCCUGGGGGCCCGAGUUUGGCCUUCUGACCCUCUGGGCGCCUCUGAUCCGCCUCCAGGCUGGGCAAUCCCUUAGUGAGCUGCAGACAACAAGCAGGGCCCAGCCCGAAGCCCCCACCUGCCCACCCACUCGCCAUACAGAGAUGCUGUCGGUUCUUUCCAA